GCGGGCGACCUGUGCGCCAAAUAGGAGUCGCAUUCAUUCCCCCGAUUCUCAUUCAGAUCGAGCCGCCACCGCCGGCUCGCCCUCUCCUGCGCCACCUCGCCGCCCUCCACCUCUUCCCUAAGCACAGCCGCCGCCGCCGCCCCCCUCCUCCACACGGCCACCGUCCCAGCUGCCAGCCCUCCGCCGUGCGCACGCACAUCCUCCCCCCCUCCGCUGCCGACGACCCCGAGCUCCCCUGCUUCCUCUCCGCGCCGUCCAAGGAUAUCUCAAAAGAACUGGCCUCGAUGGCGCUCCUCCGAGCCCUCCGGCGAGCCCUCCCGCCGCUCUACUCGCCGGCGGCGCCUCUUUCCCAGCACGCCCCAGGUCCUCCUGCGCUCCCUCCCCGUCCUCUCCGGCUCCUGGAUCCGAUCGGCUUCCGGCCGUUCUCCGCCGCCGCGGCCACCGCCAGCGCCGUUGUGCGGGCACCGGAAAUGGGCGCCAGCCUCUUCAGAGGGCUCACGGAGACCAGGUUUCCCAAGCGGCGGCCAGGAUUCGUGUCCCGGCGCAAGAGGGCCAGCCUGCGACCCAAAGGUCCGCACUACUGGGUGAAGUGCAAGCCAGGGGAGCCUAUCCCUUCGAGCCAGCCGAAUGAGGGCAGCGUACAGGGGAGGAAGGAGAAGAAGCGGAUCAAGCAGCGCAAGGACUUUAUCAUGGUGUGCAUUUUGUUCAGUUCCCUGCAAUGCUUGUUUUGAUUGUGUGAUGGGUUUAUGCAAGGUUAUCAAAAUCUAUCUGUCUCUCUGGAGUAACAGGCCAAUGAAAUUUUGAGAACAUAGGUAGUUUUAACAGGGGAAUGAAAUCCUGAGAACAAAAGUAGUUUUUUCAUGCUA